GGCUCCCAUCCUCCAAGUCAUUUCAGGUCCAGUUGAGCUUCCUCAAACAAGAUGGCGGCUUCCGCGGAGCAUCCCUUGCCUGAGCCUGCCAAGCCCUUACUCGGGCUUCUAAAUGGUAUCGCUCAGGCCACCUUUUAUGGCAACACAGAGAUCACGGAGGAGCUGCUGCGGGAGCAGCUUUACCCGGAAACGGCAUCUCAGGAAUUUGGGGUUCUGCUGGCUAAAAUGAAAGGAAUCGUCAAGGAAUCUGAGCUUUUGACCAUGGAAUUUGAUGAGACUGAAUUGAAUGAAAUGUUGAAGAAACUUUCAGAGAUUGAAGACAGCAUUAUUUCUCUGACCCAAGCACCCUGACUUUUCAGUUAAAACAGUGUUUGAUUCAUACACUGUAUGCAUAAGGUUGGCCUUAGUUACACGUGUACAUUAUCCUGGACAUCAUGCUGUUCUUUCAGCAGUAUUUGAAAACUUAUAAAUAUGGGAUCAAAGAAGAAGAAAAAAUAUAACUGAGGCAUUCAGACUGAUGUACAUAUUAAAACAAAAGAACAUCGCUGGAUUCAUUGAAAGAAAAUACUGCUCCAGAAAAAUGUAGAAUUUGUAUAAUAAAAGAGCAAAUAUAUUCACCUUUCCAUUAUUGACAUCACUGUGUGAUUUAUUUAUCCAGCCACUGAAAAACAAUUUGUAGCAAUGGCUGCUGUAUAUUUGUAGAACCAGGAGAGGGAAUUCCAUUUAAAAAAAUUGUCUUUCUUAUUUGCUUCAUAUUUUCAUCAGUUCAGAAAGUGUUGUUACUUGAAGAAAAUGAAACAGUAGUGUAUUUUAGUUUCAUCUUCUCUUUCUGGGACCUUGUGGGAAAUUGUAGAUUCCAUGUUAGAAAUAAUUCUUUAGUUAUUAACUAAUAUUUAGUUAUUAACUAUUCUGUUGCAUUAGGGUGCAAUACAUCUUCCAUCUCUGUAGCACAAAACCUAGCUAUAGACACUAUAACAAAAGGUGGUCAUUUAAAAAAAGCUAUAUAGCAUUCAUUUGCAAUAGAAAGUAAAUACUGUAUGUAUUCACAAGCAUUUUCAGCAUUAACUGUUUCAUUAUCUCAGCAGUAUGGUAUUGAAUACUUCAGAAUUUAUUGAAAAUGUAGAGUAUAUGGACAAAACAUUAAAAAGAAAUGGGUAUCAAAUCUAGAAUGUCUUAAUGCUUCCAAUCUAAAUUCUUUUAUGCCAAACCACCUUCUCUUCCACUUAGUUUUCUUGUGCUACUCAG